AUGUCAAAAAUAGAGUUACUGAGAUUGUUUCUCAACGAAAGAUUGACAGCUGCUGCUGAUGAGAUAUUUGGGACAAUUGAAAAGACAAUUGUAGAGUACCAGGAAGAAGUUUCCCGCACGAAAGAGGAGAACAACCGUCUACGGAGGCUGCUAAGGUUACAAAAAACAGGUUUGGGACAUUUUAAAAACGCUUAUGGGCACUAGCUAGCUAUCUGCUACUGCUUUGAUAUUACUGCAUUUAGCUAGUACUGAUUCAUGUGAAGCUCAUCAAUAUUUGCCCAUCUGACUCAAAUUGCAUUGCCAGCAUAGCCCCUUGGAUUCUCGAGAACUAAGUCUGUUGCUAGCUACCUGCAUUCUACACGUUUUGUCAGACCACAAAAACAUGCUGGAGACAGCAGGUUUGCCUGGCCUGUUUCAACUCUGCAGGUUCACUACUAUGCUGUAGGUUUUACAAAAGUAAGAAUCCAAAGACAAUCUUGUGCAUGGGGUGGGUGGACUCAUAAACCAUGAGUGGCAGGUGUUUGAAUUGCGGCAGUGGUUUGAAUCCAAACUUGGCGUGUCUUUGUUUUCUACUUAUUGGUACUUAUAUUUAUUGCUUUCUUCAUGUCAUUAGGUUUAUUUUUAAAUCCAUUCUCCCUCCCUCAGACCCCCAGCCGCUGACUGUCUCUGACGAGGAUCUUCCCCCUGAGCAGCUGCACUGUGAGCAGGAGUGGAGCCCAAGUCUGGGACAGGAGGAUCCAGAGGCCACACAGAUUAAAAAGGAGCAGGAUGAACUCCGGACCAGUCGGAGGGAAGAGCAACUUCAAUGGCUAGAAUCUGGUACCAAAGACUUCACAUUCAGUCCUGCCUGUUUGAAAAGUAACUAUGAUCCGAAUCAGAACCCAACUCAUUCAUCACAUCUUCACCAAGUACAAAGUGAGGAAAGCAGAGCGAACCCAACUCAUUCAUCACAUCUUCACCAAAUACAAAGUGAGACAAACAGUGAGAACCCAAGUCAGUCCUCAUACCUUCACCAAAUAGAAAGUGAGGAAGACGGAGAGAACCCGGCAGCUCAGUCCUCAUAUCUCUACCAAAUACAAAGUGAGGAAAACCGAGAGAAACCAUGGCAAUGCCGUGUCUGUGACAAAUGUUUCAGCAAUAUUCAUCAUCUGAAAGCGCAUGUGAGGAGUCACACAGGGGAGAGACCAUAUAAGUGUCCUAUAUGUAGAAAAUGCUUUAUGACAACAAGCGCAUUGAAUAGGCAUCAGACAAUUCACACUGAUGGAAAACCGUUUAGGUGUAAUUAUUGCGGCAAAUCCUUCAAAUGGAUGAACUCCCUUGGAAGGCACAUAAGGAUUACCCACGAGAGGGAGAAUAUAUGACAGGACCUUGUGUGGGGAAAGGGUAACAGUUGCUAUGAAAAAGUUACAUCCUGAUGCUUUUUAUAUACUGUUGCCAUAUAAUAUGCCAUAUGCUCUUGCCAUAUAAUUACACUAUAACAAAAUAGAACACUAUAUUAUAGUUAAUUAUAGGAUCUCUAUGGCAAUUUUGUGUGUGUUGUCUUUUUACAUGUUUGUAACCACUUUCCCAGGUCCUACAAAUGGAAAUAUACAUAAGUCUUGAUCAAUGUGAGUUGUAUUUGUCAAAUUAAGGUAACGAUUUAGAGGCAUAUCUUACACCUGUCUGUGCAUAAAGAUCGUUUUUGUCUUGUUCAUUUGGUGUAAUGUCACAUCACAUCUGUUUUUACUUCUGUUUUAUCCUUUUCCUCCAGUGAUCACAAGAGCCAAAACAUUUUCCAUAUGCCUACAUUAUUGUCAUUUGUUUACCUCAGUGACCUUUCUAAUGUGGACACCUGAAGGCAAAACAAUUCACAAUCAACUCACCAAAUCUGUUGUCAUAGUCUUAUCCCUACUUAGCUAUGUUUCUGAGUUUGAUACCAUUGAAGAACCAUUUAAAAUAAUUAAAGCAUUUAAAUAAUUCAGUCUGAGAACUAAGUCACGUGACUUAGACUUGAGACUGAUGACUUGAAAUUAUCUGGCCAGGUUUUGUCACUGGCUGCUAAUUUUAUGGCACAGAGUCUCCGUGGUUUAGGCUACUCUCCACGCAGCCAGAGAAAGUAUCGCACUUACAAAAAAACUGGUUGGCUAGUGAAACGCACACUCGAUCCUCUGAUUGGGCCAGCAAACUGUCAUUCAACAUAGGUCGGGUGCGGUACAGUAGCGCAGUGAGAAGGCUUUGGGGUCGCGAGUGUGAAACUGAAUGGGAAAAAGUGGUGGAAAGAGUACUCAAUUGUCAUACUUGAGUAAAAGUAAAUAUACCUUAAUAGAAAAUGACUCAAGUAAAAGUGAAAGUCACCCAGUAAAAUACUACUUAAGUAAAAGUCUAAAAGUACUUGGUUUUAAAUAUACUUAAGUAUCAAAAGUAAAUGAAAUUGCUAAAAUGUACUUAAGUAUCAAAAGUAAAAGUAUAAAUCAUUUCAACUUCCUUAUAUUAAGCAAACCAGAUGGCACAAUUGUUUUACAUUUUUUUUAUUGACAGAUAGCCAGGGCCAUAAUUUACAAACAAAGCAUUUGUGUUUAGUGAGUCCGCCAGAUCAGAGGCAGUAGGGAUGACCAGGGAUAUUCUCUUGAUAAAUGUGUGAAUUGGACCAUUUUCCUGUCAAAAUGUAACGAGUACUUUUGGGUGUCAGUGAAAAUGUAUGGAGUAAAAAGUACAUUAUUUUCUUUAGGAAUGUAGUGAUGUAAAAGUUGGCAAAAAAUAUAAAUAGUAAAGUAAAGUACAGAUACCCCAAAAAACGACUUAAGUAGUACUUUAAAGUAUUUUUAUCUAAGUACUUUAUACCACUGAUAAACAAUGCAUACACAUUUGUAUUUUAUAUUUAUGCCUUUUCUUAUUCGAUCUGGUCACUAACAUUGCACCAAAUUAUUAUAAUCUGUGUUUCAGAACCAAAACAUUGCGUGUCUUGACUGUUGACCAAACCAGUCAUCAGCAUUGGCGCGCAAAAGCGGGCGCACAUAUCCAGAUUAGUGACCAGAAAGCACUUGUUUAAUUUUCUGCCUGGCAAAAACAGAGUAGCCUACCGACGUUAAAAUUAUCCAUAUAAAAUUCAAUUUAGCAAUCUGCUACAGACGCAUCUUUGCCAGAACAAUAGGCUACCUGGUGAUUUCAUUCAUUUUCAUAUUUCAGAUAGGCCUAGUUUGGUCGGGUUAUAAUUACAUACCUCAGUGGUGGUACUGGCUAUAUGUCUAAAGAUAGCUGUAACAUUGCACUACCUUAAAUACUUAUGGGAUGAAAAUGUGACAUAUUCUGGCGAAUUAAUGAGGAUAUUUGUGAGGAAGAAAAAGGCGACAGACAGAUCAUUCUUUCCAUCGGAUCCUGCAACCCCCGCUCCAGAGAAGUGAAAAUGUGACGUGAUGUCCAUAGUUCGUAUUGACUGCUAACAUGAAUUACUUUCAUCUCGAAAUGCAGGUAUAAAAAGCAGUUUUUAUUUCUGUAUCUAGCGUUUUGAAAAUGCAUCACCUGUGCGCGCGAGCAUUUGCGUGCGCGGGGGUCGCAAGCUUUGAACCACUCCUUUUUGGGGGGUCGCUGGUCAAAAGGUUUGACAACAACUGAGCUAGCGAAGAGAUUGCUGAUCUGCUGUACAGCUAAAUAAAUCUAGGCUGCAUUACACACUGCGCCUAUAUCCUAUGUUCUGUUCAGUUUGAGGAGAGCGCGAAAAUGAGAAGGACCAGAGGUCAACUUUGAUAGCUUGCUACAAAUAUAAUGGAUUUUAAUAAAAAACAAUAUGUUUCUUGCCCUUGAUGUAUUUAUCAGAGUUACAGUGCAUUCAGAAAUUAUUCAGACCCCUUGACUUUUUCCCCAUUUUGUUAUGUUACAGCCUUAUUCUAAAAUUGAUUAAAUUGUUUGUCAAUCUAAACACAAUACCCCAUAAUGACAAAGCAAAAACAGGUUUUUAGAAAUUUUUGCAAAUGUAUUAAACAUAAAUAAUGGAAAUAUCACAUUUACAUAAGUAUUCAGACCUAACUCAAUACUUUGUUGAAGCACAUUUGGCAGUGACUACAGCCUUGAGUCUUCUUGGGUAUGACACUACAAGCUUGGCACACCUGUAUUUGGAGAGUUUCUCCCAUUCUUCUCUGCAGAUCCUCUCAAGCUUUGUCAGGUUGGAUGGGGAGCAUCGCUGCACAGCUAUUUUCAGGUCUCUCCAGAGAUGUUAGAAUGGGUUCAAGUCCGGGCUCUGGCUGGGCCACUCAAGGACAUUCAGAGACUUGUCCCGAAGCCACUCCAGCGUUAUCUUGGCUGUGUGUUUAGGGUUGUUGUCCUGUUGGAAUGUGAACCUUCGCUCCAGUCUGAGGUCCUGAGUACUCUGGAGCAGGUUUUCAUCAAGGAUCUCUCUGUACUUUGCUCCAUUCAUCUUUCCCUCGAUCCUGACUAGUCUACCAGUCCCUGCCGCUGAAAAACAUCCUCACAGCAUGAUGCUGCCACCACCAUGCUUCACCGUAGGGAUGGUGCCAGGUUUCCUCCAGAUGUGACGCUUGGCAUUCAGGCCAAAGAGUUCAACCUUGGUUUCAUCAGACCAGAAAAUCUUGUUUCUUCUUCUGGUUGUUCUUCUGGAAGGUUCUCCCAUCUCCACAAAGGAACUCUGGAGCUCUGUCAGAGUGACUAUCGGGUUCUUGGUCACCUCCCUAACCAAGGCUCUUCUCCCCCGAUUGCGAGGUUUGGCUGGGCGGCCAGCCCUAGGAAGAGUCUUGGUGGUUCCAAACUUCUUCCAUUUAAGAAUGCAGAAAUUAUUUGGUACCCUUCCCCAGAUCUGUGCCUCAACACAAUCCUGUCUCGGAGCUCUACGGACAAUUCCUUCAACCUCAUGGCUUGGUUUUUGCUCUGACAUGCACUGUCAACUGUGGGACCUUAUAUAGACAGGUGUGUGCCUUUCCAAAUAAUGUCCAGUCAAUUGAAUUUACCACAGGUGGACUCCAAUCCAGUUGUAGAAACAUCUCAAGGAUGAUCAAUGGAAACAGGAUGCACCUGAGCCCAAUUUCGAGUCUCAUAGCAAAGGGUCUGAAUACUUAUGUAAAUAAGGAAUUUCUGUUUUCUAUUUUAUAUAAAUUUGCAAAAUUGUCUAAAAACCUGUUUUUGCUUUGUCAUUAUGGGGUAUUGUGUCUAGAUUGAUGAGGGAAAAAAGUAUUUAAUCAAUUUUAGAAUAAGGCAGUAACGUAACAAAAUGUGGAAAAAUACCUCACAAUAAGCCUGAUUCAAGUAACUUUUGUGGUGCUGAAGCUUGAAGCAGCAGCCGUGGCACAAUCAAUCGGAAAUGGAGUGCUCAUUGUGCUGAAAGUAGGCACAUUCUAGUAAUUCAUUUCAAUCGUCUUCAUUUUAGUUAGACUUUACUAACAACAAGAGGGCUUUGUGUUGGAGCCUAUUUCUUCAUAUUUAAGAAAUAAGAGGUAGGCCUACCUAUAGGCUGCUAUAUCCAUUGAUUUGUAGGCCAAUUCCUCCAUCCAUUAUGCACUCUUUAAAUAGCCUAACUCUUAUUUCUGAAGGGCUGUUAAGUUUAAACCAGGACUCGAAUUGAGGGGGUAUGAGAGGGUAUGCCAUAGGCCUACCUUUAAUUAAAGAAAAUGCCAAAAAGCACAGGCCUACCCAUUGUUAGCUUAAAAUGUUGAAAAAAAACAAAAACAUAUCCAAUUAUUUAAAGUGAUCUAUAACUGCGCAGGCCUACCCAUUGUUAUUUUAAGAUUUUGAAGAAAAUACAACAGAUCCGAUUAUUUAAAGUGAUGCUAAAAAGAAAGCUGUAAAAUACCCGGGAAAGACUCAGAUGCAAAUGAGGAUAUCAUUGUUUAGUUUCUUUGACAUUGAGGCUGAGAUUCAACCUUCUAUAGCCUAGGAGACUAAAUUAAUGUAUUAAGCUAUUCACUUUCUGUACAAUAGAAGAUGUUUAAACCCAGACAGCUUUUAGGGAAAUACUUGUGACCUUCUCACGUUGGGUUAAGCCAUGGAAGAAGAGUAGCCAGCAGUUAAAGCUUACAUUUUUCUGCGUCGGUAGGCCUACUCUGUCUAAUAGUGGAAAGGUAGGCCUAACUUUUGAAAGUACCAUGCUCAGAUUCCUAAUGACGUCUCACAUUUAUUUGUUUACAAACAGGGACAGUUUCGUUGCAAACAAGACAAACUGAUUUGGCAUUGGAGAAAUAUAAUAAGAUGAACAUUCUUAGCCUGUAAUUUCGGUAGUUUGUGUGGUAUUAUAAAAUAUUGAGAUUCGGAACCAUGUGACUUGAGACUUGUUUGUGACUCGAACAAUAGUGACUUGGUCCAACCCUGAGUGGUACACAUAAGGAGCGAAAUGAAUGUUCCUUAUCGUCUAUGUAUGAAAUGGAGAAUGUUCAUAGAAAUCCGAACUGACCGUGUCCACUCCACUCCAGUAGGUAGCGACAUUGCAAAAUGCGUUAAGCCGUGGUGCAGACUACGCAAGCGUUUGGCACAGAAGAUCCAUGAAAAUCUAUCAUUGAUGAACGAAGUUGUUGUAAAAGAAGAGCGUUGUCACUGAUUGUUAGCUAGCUAGCACUAGCAUUCUGUAAAAAUGUCUAAAAUACAGUUGUUGAGAGUGUUUCUCAACCAGCGGUUAACUGCGGCUGCUGAGGAGAUAUUUGGGGCAGUUGAAAAAACGAUAGCGGAAGUACCAGGAAGAGAUUUCCCGUUCGAAAGAGGAGAACAACCGUCUACAGAAUAUUCUUGACAUCGUUAUUAAACCUGAGAUAAAGUUACAAAGAGCA